GUCUGUUCAUGUAAUGCUAGUAGCAACGACAGCGGCAAAGCUUGUGAAUUAGUAACAUCCGGGAGGUGACGAGGCAACGGUAGCGGACAUAGAUACAAUGCAUACAAGUGAACAUGUGUAAGCGUCAUCAACUACUUUGGAGAGAGAAUUUUUUAUAUAUUACAACGUUAUACCAAUGCUUGCUUUUAGUGGCUUCAAUGGCUUCGGUCAGUUUGCCGUUGAUGGUCAGCGAAGCGGAAACGCGUUUACAGGUAUCUCAUUGGAAAAGUCAAUGACCGGCGAACAAAGUAUUUUGCAUGUCGCAAUCAGUUGGAGCUACACUGCCUAUGCUACAGAAAAACAGCUUAUGCUACGUGGCUUUUUGUCUGGUACACCAAAUUCAACAUUAAGUUUAGAGAUUUCAGAGAGCAUAGUACAAUUGGCCGCUUGUGAUAGAUUCUGUCUUGUUUUGUGCGAAAAUGGCAAAUUGUACAAAGUACGCGCUGAGAACGAUGCCCAGCUGCAAGAGGUUACGCUCGAGGCCGAAGUGGAAGCUUUGUCACAGAAACGAAAUAUUUUCGGCGAACUGAAGUCCACUUCGGCGCAAACAGCGCGUAUUCAUAUUACACAUAUUGCGUGUGGUUCCAACAUCAAUGUCGCGAUUAGCGAGACAAAUGCUGUUUAUAGCGUGCCGAGUAAAAUUCAUCAAUUUCCGAAACAUUUUCGGGUGAAACAACUACAAUGUGGAUUUGAACAUGCGCUCUUACUCAGCGCCAAUGGUGAUGUUUACAGUUGGGGUAAUGGAUUUCGAGGACAAUUGGGACACGAUGUGCUACGCGUCGAAGAGACACCCGUGCUGAUAGAAGCGCUCGCUGGCAUUAAGAUAAAUUGUAUAGCGGCCGGUGGUUGGCAUAGCGCGGCUAUUUCUGCCUUUGGUGAUCUCUACGCUUGGGGUUUCAACUCAAAUGGCCAACUGGGCAUCCGCAUGUUCAAACCAACAUCCAGUGGUGACCUUAAACAACCAACAGUGUUUACCUUGCCGCAAAUAGUCGAGCUGCCCGAGUGUAAAUGCCUUCGAAAGAAAGUUAGUGUAGCAAGUGAUGACACCUUGGAAGAUAUGGGCGAGGAAUGCGUACCUCUGCGUGCAUAUGCAGGCGCACGCCAUACGCUGUUGCAAAAGAAUUGCGGUGCGUUCUAUGCAACUGGCUGGAAUGCGCAUGGACAGCUCGGUUUAGGGCGUAAAGUGGAAUACUGUGAUGAAUUUGAGCAUAUGAAUUGUGAAGAAAAUAGCUUGAGAAAUGUGCGAGUAGUGUGCGGCGCAUGGUGUACCGUUAUUUUUAGGAAGAGCUGACGAAUAAAUAGUGAAGUGUUGAAUCAUA